UUCCAUCUGGAAAUUAUGCUGGGAAUUCUAGCAUAUCAUGAAUGAGUAAGCAUGCCAGUGCACGUUGUUCUGUUGCUUACACCUUCUCUCUCUCUAAAUCAGGAGAGAGUGAUUAAAAACACAGUAAUGAAAAGAAGACUCAGGGGUAAUGGAGUACAGUCCCCAUUGUUUUGCUUAGUAUUUCUUGCAAUAAGCAACAGAGUUGUGCUUAAAAGACAGCCCAGCUCUAGAUAUGUAUCUCUGUCUGUGUGAACCCUCUGGGUGCUCAUCUAGGUGUGAAGGGACAGCUGAUGGUGAGUGGACAAAAGAUGACUCAGUUUCAAUGAGGAGCACUGCCCUUCCUAAUCACCUGCUCUUAGUCCAACUCAGUGCAUCUUCCUGCAAAGCUGCUCCUAGUGGGUUUGUGUGUGUACUCUCAGUGUUCAGAUACAGGCUUUAGAAGGAAAAUAUUGCUUUAGUCCGUCUGUCAGCAUCUCUCCUUCCAUCACAAGCCCAACUGACAUUUCUGUUCAUGAGAAUGAGCAGGCAUUUGGAAUAGCAGAUGGCAUUUUCUGUCCGUAUUGGGCAAUCUUGCCCAUCUAAAUAGAGGACCUUGUAGUACUUGGUGUUAGUGAAAGGAACCCUCUGCUGCAUUUAGACAGAAGAGUAUGUGGUCCAAGUCAGUAUUAUCCCCAAAGUCAAAACCAAAGAGACAUCUAAUAGGAAGAAGAGGGAGAUGCAGCUUGCAAGUUUCGUAUCCCUUCUGAAUGAGCAUCUCUUACUUGGAAUUUCAAAAUUCCAAAUAUUGCAAAAUCUAAAAUUGUCUACAUGGGUGGCUAAGAUAGCAACAUUUCUGCUUUCUGAUGGUUCACUGUGCUAUGCUUAUAAGGCAUGUAUAAAACUUAAAUGAAUUUUGGGUUUAGACUAAGGUCCCAUCUCCAAAAUACAUCAUUAUGUCUAUAAAUAUAUUCAAAUUCCAAAACAAGGAACACUUUUAGUCCCAAACAUUUCAGAUCAGCGAUCCUCAAUCUGUACUUUGUGGCAGUUGACUUACUUUUGUGGCUACUUUAUGGAUUUGUUACACAGGCUGGCAAAAUUGUAUACCAGCAGUUAAGAGAUCACUAGUUCAAAGAUCAUUGAUUAAGUGAUUGAUUGGAAGUUUAUGGGAAGCUUUGAUACAGACAGUCCUUCUCAACCCCACUGGCCUAGCUGGCUUACAGAAUGUAAUGAAUGAGACAUGGUUAGUCAUUUGACUUAGCCAAAUGUACUAAAAGAGGCACAGCUUAAUAUAAAGGUUAAAGAUCGCUUUUUAGAGCUGGAAAGAGUUUCCUGUAUUUAUAAAAGAGUGAAUAGGUGGGUGGUGAGAACCUAUGCUUUGGGUUAUUAGGUUUUUCAGAACAGCUGUCUGUUUAUUCCUGGAACUACAUGUGCUUUUCCGGCACAUCUUUUGAGUGCAGAAGGUUUCUAAGCACAGGGGAAAGUUUAGCCUCUAUAGGCAUCUCCUGUCCAAUUGUGCCCAGAAAUUAGCAUAAACUACCUGGGUUUUUGCAGUCAGAAUGAUUUCUUGUCCAUUCGUGUCAACUAGCCAUCCAUAAGGUGCCUGUCUUAGAAAAACUUUGUCAACUGCAAGUUGCUAAGUUCAUAAAAUAAAGAACACAAAAUACUAUUGAAUUCUUGUUGCUAACUGUGUUGUUUUAAAGCACAAGUAAGAAUUCCAGACAGGUGUUUUUAAUAAUUAUUUAUACACCAGUAAUUCCGUAUUGGCCAUUCCUUUUCAAAUCAGUGCUUUAAUUGUAUGUUUUCUGAUUUCGCAUGUACGCAUGUGAAUUAGGAAACUUGUUCCAUUGCACUCUUCACAUGCUUCCCUGGCAAAUGUCCUUUGAAGAGUGUAAGCAUGAAAGAUGAUGUUUAUAGCAUUUGCCCCUACCUUUCACAUAAAAGCCGGUGAAUGCAAGUAGAAAUCAGGCAGCAUAAAUUACAAGUGAAAUGUGGCUGCAGAAUCAUCACCUAGCAUGACAUUCUGCAAUACUUGCUGAAUUAAACACUAUUUGUAUCUUAAUAUUUGCACUAAAAUGUGCAAUGCAAGGCCAGAAAGUUAUUUUUGUUCUUUACAAUAUGUUCUGUCUACUUGAUCUGGCUGUUGCCAGAGAAAUUGUGGACAAAGCCUGAACAAUUACAUUUUAGAAUUUUCAAAUAAAAGACCAUGUUAAUCACAAAAGACCUUGCAGUCGCAAAAAUAUUACUAGGUAUCUUUCCCUUCUUUUCCCCUUUUAUUUUGGAGAAAAAGGAAUUCUCAGACCACUACCCUUUGUCAGCAUGACCAAUGGCAAUGCUGGUUUGAAUGUUUCUUGGAGUAGUCAACCAAAAAAAGUGGGGGGUUUUUCCCUUCCAUGUCCUGGUUUUAGGACAUAGAAAGCAAUCUUAUUCCAGUUGGGAGUCUUUGUCCAUCUAGCCCAGCAUUGUCUGCUCUGAUUCUCAAGCAGUAACUCUUGCCCUCUCAGUGAGAGCCAAAAAUAAGUUUAGAAUAGGCCUAACUAGUAGUCCUAAGUAAGCCGGCGCUCCAUACAGCCAUGCCUGCCACAUGACCUUGGAGGUGUCUAUGGACAAUGCCGGCUCUUCGACUUAGAAGUUGAGAUGAGCAGCAACCCCCAGAGUUUGACACGACUAGACUUAAUGUCAGGGGAAAACCUUUACCUAGUCCUACUUGUUGUUUCAUUUACAGAUUUACCCCACAUCCCCAGCUUGCACCCAGCUCCUGGCCACAAGAAAGAAUAUUAAUUGGGUCCUCUCUGACUCCAGGUGGUGACAGAAACAGAAGAAGAAUCCAGUGAUCUCUCUCCUCCCUUCUGAAAUCCAUUGAAUGCAACAGACCCUGCAGCAUCUGCAGGGUGGGAGGAGGGAUCAAGAGCCCCCCUUUUGCCAGUGGCUGCAGGGAGGGGAGAGCUGCUCACAUGUCCUAGAAGAGGAGGGGCCGCCCGGGACAGCAGCUCUCAUGCACAAGCCUGCACACAGAGCUCAGUGCACACUACAACCUAUGCCCCUUUGAAAUAGCACCACACAAAAGGAUGCCAGUUAACCAGCUGAAUCUAAGUAGUCACUCUUCCUAAAGCCAUGUGUGAAUUCUAUUUGUGGUGAUUGGGUCUUAUUCCCUGUCAAGGAACAGAGUUCUGCAACCUGCAUAACUUGUUCCAAGUGUGUAUGAUCCUCUCUGGUAAUAGAGGUGGAAUUCUGUAAGGCAAGAAAUGAAAGCCAUGCUUCUUGAGUCCAACCUUUCCUCCCUAGUCAGAGACUUUACUCCCUGGCAUGCUGCCAAACAGGUUUGCACACACACUAGAAAAAUGAUAUGUUUCUCAAAAUUCCUUUGUUGUGCAAAACUGAGUGAGGUAAGAAAAUAAGAUAUAGCUAGAAUAUUAUAGAAACAUGAAAUUACUUCACUUGAUCGUUGCUAUUUUCACAUUCUUCUUGCGCCCUCCUCUUUUCUCUAGCCUUCUGGAUAUUUUAUCCUAUAACUUCCAUAACACUAGAUCACAUGUUUGCUGGGACUGAUGUGAGUAGUAGUACAAAAUGUCUGUAGGGCACCAGAAAUGCAAAGUCUAGACACUGCCUGAGAGAUAACCUGAACUAUGUCCUUGCUCUAGGCUGGUAGAGUUGUUCUUCCAAGGCUAUAAAAUGAUUCACUUAACCCUAGAGUUCCACUAUAACUGCAGUAGAGAAAGUUGGCCCAAAUUGCUCUAUUGUAGACUUCAGGCACCUGGGAUGCUCCCUCCUCCCCCCCCCCAAAAAAAAGUUCUGGUGAUUUUUUUGGUGGAAAAAAGGCACACACACCCUUUCUACACCCCCUCCAACACAUGAAAAAACUGUCCUAUCUGAAAGCAGAAAUGUAAAAUAGUAGUCAUUCCAUUUUCAGCCAAUACUUGUUUGAAUGCGAGGUGAUAUGGCUAAACAUAGAAGCCAGUAUGGUGUAGUGAUUUAAGCAUUGGACUACAACUCUGGAGACCAGAGUUUUAAUCCCUACUUUGGUAUGGAUAUCUCCUAGGAACCUUUGAGCAAGUCACAUUUUCUCAGCCACAGAGAAAGGCGAGUUCAAUCCUCUUCUGAACAAAUCUUGCCAUAACAACUUGAAGGUAUACAGCAACAAUGGCUCAGUAUAGGGGCAAAUAUUGAAGACAUUAUUUUGCGUUGAUACAGGAGUACGUCACUGAAUGACUUCAGAAUUUCAUUGAUGGCUCUCCUACCUCUUGCUGUUCAUUCUCAACCUGGUGAUCUGCCUUAUUGCCUGCCUGGGGCUAGCUAAGCACUCAAAAUGCCUGUUUAUUAUGAUCCUGUGCUGUGGGCUUUUCACACUCAUUCUCAGCUGGGCUUCUUUUGCAGUGGAUGUAUCCGCAGCAGUGGGUACCAGUGACUUCUGUGUGGCCCCCGAUAAGUUCAUUAUAAACAUGACGAAAAGUGAUCUAAGUGCAGAGAUCGUUCAAUACUACCUGUAUUGUACCCAGAGUCCCACCAAUCCCUUCCAGCAGGCUCUUACUAUUUACCAACGCUCCCUUACAACCAUGCAAAUCCAGAUUCAGGGACUCAUGCAAUUUGCUGUGCCUCUUUUUCCUACAGCCGAGAAAGACCUGCUUGGUAUACAGCAGCUGUUGAAUUACUCUGAGACCAGCCUCCACCAGCUGACCGCCAUGUUGGACUGCAGAGGUCUACACAAGGAUUACCUGGAUGCCUUGAUUGGGAUAUGUUACGACGGCGUGGAAGGCUUGCUCUACCUCAUUCUCUUCUCACUCUUGGCUGCCGUGUCCUUCACCACCGUCAUUUGUGCAACGCCUCGUGCCUGGCAGCAUUUAGCCAGCAGGGAUCGGGAAUACGAUGACAUAGAUGAAGAGGACCCUUUCAAUCCUCAGGCCAGACGCAUUGCUUCCCACAACCCCAACCGUGGGCAGAUCCGUAGUUUCUGCAGCUAUAGUAGCAGCAUUGGAAGUCAAACGAGUCUCCAGCCUCCAGCACAGACCAUCUCCAAUGCCCCAGUGUCGGAAUACAUGAACCAAGCUGUGCUCUUUGGUGGGAAUCCACGCUAUGAAAACGUCCCACUGAUUGGAAGAGGAUCGCCUCCCCCCACGUAUUCUCCAAGUAUGCGAUCAACCUAUUUAUCGGUUAAUGAUGAUCACAGGCGACAGUACGGCACCGAGAUUCAAGCCUAAAUCCCACCUUGUAAAGAACGGCACACAAACUUUGUAGCAGAACCCAAUACCAACCGAAGGCAUGUGGAGUGCAGAGAGUAGGAUUGCCUCCCUGCUGAAGUGGCAGAGAAGGGUGUUCGUCAGAGGACUGAGCCAAAGGAGACCUUCACUGGCCCACCUGAUAGUCUUCCAGGGAUUAUCCUUUCUGUUCGACUGGCAGCUGUUUUCACACUCAGUGUUUAUAGUCUUCCUCUCUUGUAUACGUACGAUGGUGCCCAGUACAUCCAUCCCCAGACCGAAUGCCUCUGAAGUCUUCUCUGUGACCUGUCGUCUCUUCCUGCUCCCUUCUUGACACCAGUGCAUUGUCCUUCCUGGCCUUUUUUUAGCAAGGCGGGGUGAGGAAUUAGGAUUUGGACUGUCACACGUAUGUGCAUAGCUUAUCCACUUCUAUUUUCUUCCGCACUGACUUUGGGGCCCUUUUGUCCAUCAUUGAUGGUGUGGUCCAGGCUUCUUUUUAAUUAUUAUUUUGUUAGAGCAAAUAAUAAAACUGUACAAGUAAAUAAAGCACUGACGUGUGGUGUACCUUGACCUAAGGAACGUGGGGUGCUUGCCAUGAAAGAAAAUGCUCCUCACUUCUGGGUCAAAAAUGCAAUACCAUCCACUACAGUGAAUUUCAUCUCUCCUCUGGAGAGGCCUCUGCACAAAGCCUAUGCCUGGCUUGGCUCUAUGCUACAUUUUGUUACCAUCACUACCACCACCACCACCACCACUAUCAUCACCUUUUGACAGCACUGGAAUGGUGUAUAUGGUACAAGAUCCAUACACAGUGUUCACCUUUGUCAUCUGUUCCUUUGCUUCUUGAAUUGACAUGAAAAAUCACCAACUCUUGCUAUGGUGGCCUCAGGUACUAUAUGGAACAAGCUGAUUUUUUUUUUACAAUUUUUUGUUGUUGCAUGUAUUAUUCUUUGUAUUUUCCCUCCAUUGUUUUUAUAUCAACUAUCCAAAGAACCUAACUUUGUUGUUCUUUUUACAUGAUUUUUAUUACUUUGUUUUUUAAAAAGAUGUAUGCAUAUUUUAAAAGUUGACUUCUGUUUUUAGCACUGAUUUUUCUAAAAAGAAAAAAUGAAAACAAAAUUUAAAAUUAACCUCUUUAAAAUGGUGUCUGUAUGUCAAAAGUUGGACACUUUUAACCAUUCUUUUCUCCCACACUUUAGGAGAACAAAAUUAACAGGAAGGCUGGAACAAAUUGGGAGGUCAUACAAGACUACUGCCAUAGAGCAGGUUUUGUUUCAAAUUGUGGGACAGGGACCCACAAAUAGAUGUAAUUGUGCUCCUGGUUGGGUUAUGCAAUGAUGGCUGUUUUUCUUCCGUUGUAUAAUGUUGUAUAAUCUCUUUAACAAGCAGGAUCAUUAUGUCACUCUUUACCAAGGAUGGGGACCCUGUAACCUUCUAGGUGUCAGUGGCCUCCAAGCUGGUUAGAGCUGAUGGGAGCUGGAGGCCAACAGCAUCUAGAGUAGUGUUUCCCAAAUUCUGGGCUUUUGUGUGUUUUAGAGCUCUGUUCUCAGAAUCCCUGAUCAUUGGCCACUUUUCCACUUGGGACCCCUCUUGGCCUGAGAAAUGUUUUAAUUACCCUGGGUAUAUAGAUGUAUACAAUAAGAAUAAAUCAAACAUUUACUGAUAACAAAUCAGCAUUUGCAAAACUUGCUAAACAGGCUGGUAUUCUUUUUUAUGAAGUAUAUCUGUAGCAUCUGCUGCAGAGUCCAUUGUAAAAACUGCAUAACAGUUUCACGUAAAUGUCUCAAACAGCUACUAAGUGACGUUCAGAAAACUUUUAUUAUUGCCAAUUUUUUCAGGACCACAACAUUGAGCUAAUGGGAUUCCCAUUUGAGGUUGAGACCCACAGUUUAAGAAAGAGCAAUAUAGAGGGCCAUGUUCCUCUUCCUGCUCGUUGCCUUGCUUGAAUUCCAGUCAAACACACAGGGUUCAUACUUAAUUAAAAUUACAACUUGUUUAAUGAAAACCUUUUAUUUUUUCCUCAUAGUGGAUCAGCCCUUUAGGCAGUAUAGUGGGGCAGGAAUCAUAGGCAGAUUACCUCCUAUUUGUAUUCUGACUUGCUAUUGCUCCAGAAAGCAUCCUGCACUAGAAGGUCAGAGACUGCCAUGGCACAGGAUGGCAGCAGCAAUUGGAGCUGCUUCAGACACACCUCUUGGGAUGAGAGGAGAAUACAGAAAGAUUAGUUUGGAGUCCUGAAUUCCUCAGCCAUCAUGAAAUUUUGAGAGUAAAAAGUAAUUUUUUAUAGUUGUGGAAAGCAUUGUAGUUAGUAGUCUGAGGUUACCUUGCUCAGGACUCAUAAAGCCAGUCACCAGUGUGACAUAUGGGCCACAACAGCCUAUAACCCAUGCAUGGGCAAACUUCAGCCCCCAAGUGAUUUGGACUUCAACUCCCAUAAUUCCUUUUUUUUGUGUGUGUCUCUGCUGCUUUUAUUGUUUAUUUUAAAUAUUUUUAUUUAUUUUAUCAUAAUUCAGUAGAUGUGUUAUACAUUGUUUGUUUUACAGCAGACACAUAAUAUUCAAUACAAUCUACCAUACAUUAACUUUUGGCAUCUACCGUUAUUUUUAUGCAUAUACAUAUUUUCUAUCUCUCACCGCCAUAAUGGGAACUCCCACAGUUUUUAACAGCCGCUCAGCUGGCUGAGAUUUCUGGGAGUUGAAGUUCAAAAUACUGGAGGGCCGAAGUUUGCCCAUGCCAACUAUUGCCCCAUCUUUGUAGCCCCCCCCCCCCAUUUCAUUCUCCUUAUUUAAAAAACAGCCCAUUUAGUCAUUUAAAACUCCUCACCCACAUUGAACUUGCCAGACAAUUUUUUUUCAGUCAUAUAGCAGUUAAAAAUGGCAGUCAGAAGUUAUGGCAUGUCACUGUUGAUUGUCAUUUCUGCUAGUAUGAAGUUCCAAGAAAGGAAUUUGGGGAAAUAAGUGGGGACAGCACGUGGGCUGAGGGUAGAGGAGGUGAAAAUUUGUCCUUCCCAUUGCUCAUCCUUGCUCUAGCAUCAUGACAAAGAUAUUAACAGCAGACAAUAGCACACUUCCUUCAGCAAUGAAUUCUCCAGUUUUUCAUGCUAUGUCAAGCCUAUAACGUUGGGCUGUUUGUCGCUGGAGCUAGCUCAGUUUUGGGCAUCAGUACAAAGAGAACUUGGUUGACCAAUGUAGGAUUCCCUUUAUCCUUUUCUCUGUGAAUGUAUGUGUAUGUGUGAGAGAGAACUGAACAUGUGUUAUCGAAUCAUUGUGGAUUUCUAGGCAGUGGAAAAAGGUUUUGAAGGAAAGGCAUCAAAAUAUUUCACCCGCAAUUUCUCCCCAGUGCUAUACUUUUAGGUCUCCAGUUUUUUUUCAUAAGCACAGAAAUCUUUAUAUUUUUUAAAAAGGCAGUGAGAUUGAAUUGCCUAGGCUAUUGAAUUUUCCCACUGAGUUGUUCAACUUCAUAUACUUGUAGUUGGAAGAAAAAGCAAUAUAUAAACUCUCAUGGGAACACAAAAUGAAAGGGCCAACACUAUCAAGCACAAACAACCUAGAGAAUAAUAUCCUCAAGCAUCAGCACUGUAAAUGAAAUUUCUUAAGUUGCAUCAGGCUGGGAUUGUGGCAUUUGGAGUGUGCAUAAUUCAGAAUAGUUUCUGUCAAUUUCUGCGUAGGGGGGUAACAGUGCUAAAAAAAAAAAACCUGCAGAGGUUCAAAAUGGCCCUCCGUAGCAUCCAGUGCCACAUGGCAGUUUUAAUUACUUGACAACAAUGACUCACUGUGUCUUUUUAUCAAGGUUAACUUGUACAUAUCAUGUAUGGCAACAUAAUUUGUACAUUCAUCUUAAUGUGACUGCAACAUAAGGCAUGGGGAGGGCAAACUCUAAUUUGAUGCUUUUAAUUGUGUCAUUGUAACAAUAUUGUUUAAAGUGUUUGUUUUUUUUUAAAAAAAAACCCCGCAUGUAAACUAACCUCAUCUCAGGCUCCUUGGAGCUUUGCCUGAUUUGUAUGUACUGACUGGGAAACAAUAAACACUUGUUCUAAAAAGUUGA